AUGCCUCAAUCAAUCCCAGUACCGUCUACAGGGUUCCAAGCUCUCAUUCUUUGUGGACCUGGAGUAUCCCUCAACACUUUCACUGCGAACCCCGAGGAACAUCCAAAAUGCCUCGUCCCAGUGGCCAAUCGGCCAAUGGUUUAUUAUGCCAUUGACUUCCUACGGAGGUCGGGAAUUUCUGAUAUCACCUUGAUUACUCCUCCUUCCUCUCUUGCGCCGCUCCAGGCUGCCUUGAAGCAAAACCCACACCUCACAUCAUUCUCUUCUCCCUCACCGUCCGUCCUCGCCCCCAAGGCACUCGAGAUGACUAUGGGUACAUGUGAGCUUCUUCGUUUACCCGAGGUACAGGCAUGCAUCAAGACAGACUUCCUCCUCCUCCCUUGUGACCUUAUUUGCGAGAUACCGGGCGAAUCAUUGCUUGAGGCUUGGAUGGUCUCUCAGAGCUCUCUUGGAGGCAGCUUAGUUCCUGAGGGGCGCAAUGCCCACGGCCCCAUUACUCGAGGAUCUGGGGGUGAACAGGGCGGUCGCCGAGGAGGCCUGGGUCUAUACUAUCAAACAAAGCUUCGAGAGGAAAGUGUGAAGGGUGAGGCCACAGACUUCGUCGCUAUCGCACCGCUUGAUAAGGAUGAAGCGCCCACAGUCUCCCAUCCCGCUCAAGGGCCGGCCGCUCUACGAUUUCAUCUUUCCAAGGUCGUCAUGUCGAGUCCGAUGGACACAAUCAAGGAGAAGAUGGAAACCGACAAGGGCUUCCUCAUUCGCCAUUCGUUGGUGGAGAAGCACGCAGAGAUCAAGAUGUUGAGCGGCUAUCGAGAUGCGCACCUCUAUGUCUUCCCUUACUGGAUUAAGGAUUUGGCCCGCAACGAGAAAUUGGAGUCUGUCAGCGAGGACUUAAUCGGCUACUGGGCCAAAUCUGGGUGGCAGAAGGGAUUGGCAGAUAAGCUGGGCAUGACCGAAAUUUUCGAGCGGCAGCAGGAUAGCCAGAUUCCUGGUGAGACUGGGAGCCAUGAUAACGAAUCUGUGGAAGAAGAAAUUGACCUUCAGGCCAUGAGCACCACCAAGAGCGGCUCUAUCAACGCCGAGGCUGCCUUGCCCUCCUAUGCCUCCCGGGUCAAGGUAUCUGAAGCUGAAGCAUCUAAGGAUAAAAAGUCCUCCAAAGUUCCGCCCAUCUUGGCAUAUGUUCAAAGAGAAUCUGCUCCCUUCGUUCGACGUGUGGACAGCUCCGCCCUCCUUCUGUCCACCUCUCUCCGUCUAGCCAAGCUUCCAUCUAUUGAAGAGGUUGGCCGCAUUGAGGCUUCGCCUUUCGCACACAAUCAGAAGAUUGCCCACCCCGAGGGGAUUGCCCAACGCUGUACCGUCAGCAAGUCGGAUUGUCUGAUCGCCGAAAAUGUCACCGUGGAGCAGUUCGCGGUAAUUAAAGAGUCUGUCAUUGGCAGUAACUGUCAUAUCUCCAGCGGCGCCCGGCUCACCAGGUGUGUCUUGAUGGACGGUGUUACUGUUGGACCGAAGGCGACCUUAACGAACUGCAUAAUCGGUCGUAGGGCUAAGAUUGGAGCCGAAUCCAUGCUGAAGGAAUGCGAAGUGCAGGACUCUUAUGUCGUGCCCGAGGACACUGAUUCUAAGAAUGAGAAGUUCAUGGUCUUUGAGGGACUUGACGAAGAGGCUGAUAUGACGGAUGACAACGAAGAUGACAUGGAGCUCUGA